AUGGACAGAGUGGAACCCGAGAGUGUUCCUGCUGAGUGUGUGGUCUCUCAGCUGGAGCUCUGCAUGUUGGAGACUUCUCUCCUGGGGAGAGUCUGCAAAAGGUGGAGAAGAUUAGCUUAUGACAAAGGGCUCUGGAAGGAUGUUAAUUUAACCCCAUAUAAGGUGAACUCACGGAUACUCUGGCACCUGGUCAGGCAUUACCUCGGUGGCACCCUGAGGACGCUGAGGGUUAAAGGUGUCCUUCAUUCAAUUAAGAAGCACGAGUCCCUGACUGAAGCCUUACUGUUGGAGAUUGGUAAACGGUGCCCUAACCUGAGUGAGCUCCGGCUGAUUGAGAUGAACCUGCGAGGUAUCAGUUAUGAGUGUCUUCCUCCAUCGCUGCUGAGUCUGGAGCUGACCCAUUGUGAGAUUCCCUUGCAUUGGUUCCGAGUGGCUGCAGUGUCUCACGGGAGUCGUGCUGCUCCGUGUAUCAGGAACCUGGAGGUGGACAAUGUGCCGAACUUCUCAGACCAACACCUGCAGAACCUAGCGUCCCGCACAGCCCUGAAGGUGCUGAUCCUGUCCGGCACGUACAGGGUGACCGACUCCGGCAUCGAGAAAGCAGCUGAAUCGCUCUCGGGGCUCGUCCACCUCAAGCUGCACGGAUGCAACAUCUCGGACACCUCACUGCGGCACAUUGCCCAGCACCUGACCCAACUCCGCAGUUUGGACCUGACCAACCUGUGCUCCAUGACUGAUGCUGGUCUGAGCUGCCUUGGGGGCCUGAGGUCGCUGCAGUCCCUGUGCUUUGAGUAUUGUGACCAGAUUACCGUGGAGAAGCUUCUGUCUGUCUGCACUGGCCUGCCGUCCCUCACCAAGCUCAACCUGAGCGGUAACCCGUACGCUGAGGGAGAGCUGCAGAGAAUCCGUCAGAGUUUACCCAACUGCACCGUCACCAACCAUUUCCCCGACAACGGUGCCGUGCCGAAAUUUUAACGGGACUGCUCGCACGUCUUCAUGGUGGUACUGGUUAGUUAGGCUUUGUGGUGGGGGGGGUGAAGGGUGCUAUCUGACGGUACAGAUUGGCCCAUUCUGUUUGUGCCCUCAGUCUGCACUGAUUUCAUG